AUGGCUGGCACUGUGGAAGAUGACAUUGGUGACAAUGGCUGUGUUCCAAUCAGUGAGUGCCCAUGUGAGCACGAUGGCACAAUAUACCAAUCAGGAGAGUCAUAUACACAAGCAUGUAAAACAUGUGUGUGUGCUGCUGGAUAUUGGAAUUGCAUGGAUCUGGAAUGUCCCGGAAUCUGCUCUAUUGUUGGAGGGUCUCACAUCACCACUUAUGAUGGAAAAAGCUUCACCUUCAGCGGCAACUGUGAAUACAUCCUCACUAAGCACUCUAAUGACAGUGAUAUUGCCGUUCUUGGAAAUUUGGUAAAGUGUGAUGAGGCCCAAACAGACACAUGUUUAAAGUCUGUUACACUUAUCAUCGCGGGGACCACUAUUCGUUUUUCAGACAGUGGAACUGUGACAGUGAAUGGAAAUAGUCAAUUUAGGCUUCCUAGCUUUACAGAUAAUAUGGUCAUCUUCCAGCCCUCAACCUCCUAUAUCAUUGCUGAUUUGAAGAGUCUUCGUCUAGAGAUCCAGUUGGCUCCAGUCAUGCAGUUGUAUAUUGUAGCCAGCACUAAGGAGAAAGACAAAAUGAGUGGUCUGUGUGGGAACUAUAAUGAUGUUCAAAGAGAUGACUUUAAAAUUGAAUCAGGCAUUACAGAAGGGACACCAACAACCUUUGUCAACUUUUGGAAAAGAAACCCAUAUAGCUGUCCUGAUCUUGACAACAUAUUUGCAAACCCUUGUAGCCUGAGCAUGAACACAGAGAAAAUUGCAAAAGAGUGGUGUUCCCGUCUCACAAACCCAAAUGGAACCUUUGCCCCAUGUCAUUCAGAAAUAUGUCCUGAGAUUUAUUAUGAAAGGUGCGUCUAUGACACCUGUAAGUGUGCAGAUAUUAAGAAGUGUAUGUGUGCGUCCCUGUCCACCUAUGCCCAUGCCUGUGCUGCCAGAGGAAUCAUUCUCCAGGACUGGAUGGAUUCAGACCCCUGCAUAACUGAUUGCUCAAACAACAUGAAGUACUCCUACAAUGUGACCAGUUGUGCCAGAACCUGCCGUUCUCUCAGCGGACAGGACUAUACCUGCCAAGUGUCCUUCACACCCGUAGAUGGCUGUGUCUGUCCUGAGGGCACAUACCUCAAUGAUGUGGACAAUUGUGUGCCCGCUGACCAGUGUCCUUGUUACUAUGACAGCCAGGUCUUAGAGCCAUCAAAGACAAUUUACAUUAAUGGUGUAAAAUGUAUCUGCAAUCUUGGCAAAUUAGACUGCUCCAGACAGGAAGACUGUGUGGCUCCAAAAGUCUUCAUCAACUGCUCAAAUUAUGAACUUGAAAAAAAAGGGACAGAGUGUCAGAGGACAUGUCAGAACCAAGACCCAAACAAUUGUGUGAGCACAGGCUGUGUAUCAGGGUGUAUGUGCCCAGAUGACCUUCUGGCCACAAAUAAAAGCAUGUGUGUGCGAAAGGAAAACUGUCCCUGUGUCCACAAUGGAUUAACCUAUGAACCUGGGGACCAAGUUCAAGAGGAUUGCAACAACUGCACAUGCAUAAAUGGGAUGUGGACUUGUACAGAUGAGGAGUGUUAUGGCACCUGUACCAUCUACGGUGAAGGUCAUUUCAAGACUUUUGAUGGCAAAGCAUAUUCAUUCCAUGGAGACUGUGAACACAUCUUAGCGCACGAUUACUGCAAUGUGGACCAGAGUCCAUAUUCUUUCCGCCUUGUUGCAGAGAACAUUCCCUGUGGCAUCACCAACACAAUUUGCUCCAAAUCCAUCAAUCUCUCCUUUGGGAGUAACAAGGUGAUUUUAUCUGAAGAGGAUGGGGUCAAAGUUGUUAUAAGUAACGACACUGAGUACCAAUAUCAAAUCCAUUCUGCAGGGAUCUACAUUGUCAUAGAGAUCAGAAACCUUUUAAACUUGAUCUGGGACAAUAAAACAAGCAUAAUGCUCCAACUCCAUCCCAAAUUAAAGGGUAAGGUGUGUGGACUGUGUGGGAACUUUGAUGGUAAUGCAAAUAAUGACUUUAUAAAGCAUGAUGGAGAAGAGGUGACGGAUGCAUAUGUAUUUGGGAGUAGCUGGAAUGUGAACCCCAGCUGUCCAGAUGUGGACAGCUUGAUUAACCCUUGUGAAAGUAAUCCACAUCGGAGUGCUUGGGCUAUCAAACAAUGCAACAUCAUCACAAGCAAUUUCUUUCUGGAUUGCCAUCACCAUGUGGACCCUUUCCCAUAUUACGAUGCCUGUUUAAGGGACACCUGUGCAUGUGAUACAGGGGGUGACUGCGAGUGUUUAUGUACCGCUGUGGCAGCUUAUGCUGCUGAAUGCCGAAAAAAAGGAUCUUGCAUAAAAUGGCGGAGUCCUAGAAUUUGCCCUAUGUUCUGUGAAUACUAUGACAACCCUGAAGAUGACUGUACCUGGCACUAUAAAACCUGUGGAUCACCCUGCAUGAAAACCUGCAGAAACCCAUCAGGGAACUGCUCCAGUCAAAUUCCUCUCCUCGAGGGAUGUUUUCAUAAGUGCCCUCCAGAGAGGCCAUUAUUGAAAGAGGACACCAGGAAAUGUGUUACAGAGGCAGAGUGUGUUCCUGAAGAUAUAUGUUUCUAUGAUGGGAAAACAUUUAAAAUGGGAGAAUUAGUGUACUACACCUCAGAUGGGGAAGGCACAUGUUUUACUGCUGUGUGUGGGUCAAAUUCUGAAAUAAUAAGAGAGAUUUCUAUAUGCAUCACAACAGUUACACCUUUCAAUUUCACAACUCAAACUGAAACUUCCAUAGAAAUAACCGAGACAGAAACAUCUUCAACAACUACUAUUGCUGUUCCACCAACAACAUCAGGAACAGAAACACCAUCAACAGAAACACCAUCAACAAAUACUAUAACUACAGGAACACCAAUUCCUUCAUCAGCAUUAACUUCUACUAGCACUGCUACAACACCGUUUACAACAACACCAACACCUACUGUGACAGAAACAUCUUCAACAACUACUAUUGUUGUUCCACCAACACCAGCAGGAACAGAAACACCAUCAACAGAAAUACCAUCAAUUACAACUGGAACACCAAUUCCUUCAUCAACCCACUGCUACAACACCGUUUACAAUAACACCAACACCUACUGUGACAGAACCAUCUUCAACAACUACUAUUAUUGUUCCACCAACACUGCCAGGAACAGAAACACCAUCAACAAAUACUAUGACUACUGGAACACCAAUUCCUUCAUCAGCAUUAACUUCUACAAGCACUGCUACAACACCAUUUACAAUAACACCAACACCUACUGUGACAGAAACAUCUUCAACAACUACUAUUGUUGUUCCACCAACAACUUCAGGAACAGAAACACCAUUAACAGAAACACCAUCAACAAAUACUCACUGCUACAACACCUUUACAACAACACCAACACCUACUGUGAAAGAAACAUCUUCAACAACUACUAUUGUUGUUCCACCAACACCAUCAGGAACAGAAACACCAUCAACAGAAACACCAUCAACAAAUACUAUGACUACUGGAACACCAAUUCCAUCAUCAACAUUAACUUCUACAAACACUGUAACAACACCGUUUAUAAUAACACCAACACCUACUGUGACAGAAACAUCUUCAACAACUACUAUUAUUGUUCCACCAAUAUCGACUGGAACAGAAACGCCAUCAACAGAAACACCAUCAACAAAUACUAUGACUACUGGAACACCAAUUCAUUCAUCAACAUUAACUUCUACAAACACUGUUACAACACCGUUUAUAAUAACACCAACACCUACUGUGACAGAAACAUCUUCAACAACUACUAUUAUUGUUCCACCAAUAUCGACUGGAACAGAAACGCCAUCAACAGAAACACCAUCAACAAAUACUAUGACUACUGGAACACCAAUUCCUUCAUCAGCAUUAACUUCUACAAACACUGUUACAACACCCACUGCUACAACACCUUUUACAACAACACCAACACCUACUGUGAAAGAAACAUCUUCAACAACUACUAUUGUUGUUCCACCAACACCAUCAGGAACAGAAACACCAUCAACAGAAACACCAUCAACAAAUACUAUGACUACUGGAACACCAAUUCCAUCAUCAACAUUAACUUCUACAAACACUGUAACAACACCGUUUAUAAUAACACCAACACCUACUGUGACAGAAACAUCUUCAACAACUACUAUUAUUGUUCCACCAAUAUCGACUGGAACAGAAACGCCAUCAACAGAAACACCAUCAACAAAUACUAUGACUACUGGAACACCAAUUCCUUCAUCAACAUUAACUUCUACAAACACUGUUACAACACCGUUUACAAUAACACCAACACCUACUGUGACAGAAACAUCUUCAACAACUACUAUUGUUGUUCCACCAAUAUCGACUGGAACAGAAACGCCAUCAACAGAAACACCAUCAACAAAUACUAUGACUACUGGAACACCAAUUCCUUCAUCAGCAUUAACUUCUACAAACACUGUUACAACACCCACUGCUACAACACCUUUUACAACAACACCAACACCUACUGUGAAAGAAACAUCUUCAACAACUACUAUUGUUGUUCCACCAACACCAUCAGGAACCGAAACACCAUCAACAGAAACACCAUCAACAAAUACUAUGACUACUGGAACACCAAUUCCAUCAUCAACAUUAACUUCUACAAACACUGUAACAACACCGUUUAUAAUAACACCAACACCUACUGUGACAGAAACAUCUUCAACAACUACUAUUAUUGUUCCACCAAUAUCGACUGGAACAGAAACGCCAUCAACAGAAACACCAUCAACAAAUACUAUGACUACUGGAACACCAAUUCAUUCAUCAACAUUAACUUCUACAAACACUGUUACAACACCCACUGCUACAACACCUUUUACAACUACACCAACACCUACUGUGACAGAAACAUCUUCAACAACUACUAUUUUUGUUCCACCAACACCAUCAGGAACAGAAACACCAUCAACAAAUACUAUAACUACUGGAACACCAAUUCCAUCAUCAACAUUAACUUCUACAAACACUGUAACAACACUGUUUAUAAUAACACCAACACCUACUUUGACAGAAACAUCUUCAACAACUACUAUUAUUGUUCCACCAAUAUCGACUGGAACAGAAACGCCAUCAACAGAAACACCAUCAACAAAUACUAUGACUACUGGAACACCAAUUCCUUCAUCAACAUUAACAUCUACAAAAACUGUUACAACACCCACUGCUACAACAUUGUUUACAAUAACACCAACACAUACUGUGACAGAAACAUCUUCAACAACUACUAUUAUUGUUCCACCAAUAUCGACUGGAACAGAAACACCAUCAACAGAAUCACCAUCAACAAAUACUAUGACUACUGGAACACCAAUUCCAUCAUCAACAUUAACUUCUACAAACACUGCUACAACACCGUUUUCAGUAACACCAACACCUACUGUGACAGAAACAUCUUCAACAACUACUAUUAUUGUUCCACCAAUAUCGACUGGAACAGAAACACCAUCAACAGAAACACCAUCAACAAAUACUAUGACUACUGGAACACCAAUUCCUUCAUCAACCGAACAGAAACACCAUCAACAGAAAUACCAUCAAUUACUACUGGAACACCAAUUCCUUCAUCAACCGUAACUUCUACUAGCACUGCUACAACAUCUUUUACAACUACACCAACACCUACUGUGACAGAAACAUCUUCAACAACUACUAUUAUUGUUCCAACAAUAUCGAGUGGAACAGAAACGCCAUCAACAGAAACACCAUCAACAAAUACUAUGACUACUGGAACAUCAAUUCCUUCAUCAACAUUAACUUCUACUAGCACUGCUACAACACCGUUUACAAUAACACCAACACCUACUGUGACAGAAACAUCUUCAACAACUACUAUUGUUGUUCCACCAACACCAGCAGGAACAGAAACACCAUCAACAGAAAUACCAUCAAUUACUACUGGAACACCAAUUCCUUCAUCAACCGUAACUUCUACUAGCACUGCUACAACACCUUUUACAACUACACCAACACCUACUGUGACAGAAACAUCUUCAAUAACUACUAUUAUUGUUCCAUCAACACCAUCAGGAUCAGAAACACCAUCAACGGAAUCACCAUCAACAAAUACUAUGACUACUGGAACACCAAUUCCUUCAUCAACAUUAACUUCUACUAGCACUGCUACAACACCGUUUACAAUAACACCAACACCUACUUUGACAGAAACAUCUUCAACAACUACUGUUGUUGUUCCACCAACACCAUCAGGAACAGAAACACCAUCAACAGAAUCACCAUCAACAAAUACUAUGACUACUGGAACACCAAUUCCAUCAUCAACAUUAACUUCUACAAACACUGUUACAACACCGUUUAUAAUAACACCAACACCUACUGUGACAGAAACAUCUUCAACAACUACUAUUAUUGCUCCACCAAUAUCGAGUGGAACAGAAACGCCAUCAACAGAAACACCAUCAACAAAUACUAUGACUACUGGAACAUCAAUUCCUUCAUCAACAUUAACUUCUACUAGCACUGCUACAACACCGUUUACAAUAACACCAACACCUACUGUGACAGAAACAUCUUCAACAACUACUAUUGUUGUUCCACCAACACCAGCAGGAACAGAAACACCAUCAACAGAAAUACCAUCAAUUACUACUGGAACACCAAUUCCUUCAUCAACCGUAACUUCUACUAGCACUGCUACAACACCUUUUACAACUACACCAACACCUACUGUGACAGAAACAUCUUCAACAACUACUAUUAUUGUUCCAACAAUAUCGAGUGGAACAGAAACGCCAUCAACAGAAACACCAUCAACAAAUACUAUGACUACUGGAACAUCAAUUCCUUCAUCAACAUUAACUUCUACUAGCACUGCUACAACACCGUUUACAAUAACACCAACACCUACUGUUACAGAAACAUCUUCAACAACUACUAUUGUUGUUCCACCAACACCAGCAGGAACAGAAACACCAUCAAUUACUACUGGAACAUCAAUUCCUUCAUCAACCGUAACUUCUACUAGCACUGCUACAACACCGUUUACAAUAACACCAACACCUACUUUGACAGAAACAUCUUCAACAACUACUAUUGUUGUUCCACCAACACCAGCAGGAACAGAAACACCAUCAAUUACUACUGGAACAUCAAUUCCUUCAUCAACCGUAACUUCUACUAGCACUGCUACAACACCUUUUACAACUACACCAACACCUACUGUGACAGAAACAUCUUCAAUAACUACUAUUAUUGUUCCAUCAACACCAUCAGGAUCAGAAACACCAUCAACAGAAACACCAUCAACAAAUACUAUGACUACUGGAACACCAAUUCCAUCUUCAACAUUAACUUCUACAAACACUGUUACAACACCGUUUAUAAUAACACCAACACCUACUGUGACAGAAACAUCUUCAACAACUACUAUUAUUUUUCCACCAAUAUCGACUGGAACAGAAACGCCAUCAACAGAAACACCAUCAACAAUUACUAUGACUACUGGAACACCAAUUCCUUCAUCAACAUUAACUUCUACUAGCACUGCUACAACACCGUUUACAAUAACACCAACACCUACUGUGACAGAAACAUCUUCAACAACUACUAUUGUUGUUCCACCAACACCAGCAGGAACAGAAACACCAUCAACAGAAAUACCAUCAAUUACUACUGGAACACCAAUUCCUUCAUCAACCAUAACUUCUACUAGCACUGCUACAACACCUUUUACAACUACACCAACACCUACUGUGACAGAAACAUCUUCAACAACUACUAUUGUUGUUCCACCAACACCAGCAGGAACAGAAACACCAUCAACAGAAACACCAUCAACAAAUACUAUGACUACUGGAACACCAAUUCCUUCAUCAACCGUAACUUCUACUAGCACUGCUACAACACCUUUCACAACUACACCAACACCUACUGUGACAGAAACAUCUUCAACAACUACUAUUAUUGUUCCACCUAUAUCGACUGGAACAGAAACUUCAUCAACAGAAACACUAUCAACAAAUACUAUGACUUCUGGAACACCAAUUCCUUCAUCAACCAUAACUUCUACUACCACUGCUUCAACACCGUUCACAAUAACGCCAACAUCUACUGUGACAGAAUCAUCAACAACUACUAUUAUUGUUCCACCAACACCGCCAGGAACAGAAACUCCAUUAACAACAUCUACAACUCCUCCUUUGUCUUCUACAGAAUUCAUUGUUUUUACAGAAUCAAAUACUGCAAGCACCCAUACGCCAUCACCUCAAUUAAACUGUUCAUGCACAUUUGCAAAUCAAACAUUCUCACCAGGGUCUAUUAUCUACAACAAAACUGAUAAGGCAGAUUGGUGUUACUUUGCUUACUGCAACUCCACUUGUUUUAGUGAAAUAACAAAGAAACCAUGUAUUGAAACAACACCCUCUACAGUUUCAAAGGAUUGUACCAAUGUCAACCAAAAGAAUGGAGACUCUUGGACUGAAGGAUGCAGCACCAAAAAGUGCAUAAAUGGGCAAGUCACCUCAAGCCCUGUACAGUGUGACUCAAAUGAUGCUUUGAUACCUGAAUGUGUCAACGGAUUUAAACCUGAGAAGGUUUCUUAUAAUAAUGGCUGCUGCUCAAAGUAUGAGUGUACAAUGUGCAAUAUUGAGUUGUGUCUUAAGAAGAGAUGUGAUGUGGGAUAUGAGUUUGCAGCAAAUACAACUGAAGACAGUUGUUGCCCACCAUGUGUGCCCAAAGACGUCUGUGUUUACAAUAACACUGAGUACAAGCCUGGGAAUAUCCCCACAGAGCCUUGUGUGAAAUGUAACUGUGAAAUGGAUAUAGACCCGCAGACUAAACUACAUGUUGUGAAAUGUGUUCAUACAGUCUGCAACCCUUGCCCUGAGGGAUUUGAAAAUGUGAAAGAAGAAGGAGAGUGCUGUGGAACAUGUAAGCCAACAGCCUGUAUUUAUGAAUCAUCAGACAAAACCAGACAUAUACUAAAGGUUGGAGAAGUGCACAAGGACAAAUGUGAGAAUAUUACCUGCCAUGAAAUUAACGGCUGGAUUACGACAGAGAAGACCAUAACAAAGUGCCCUGACUUUAAGCAAGAUGACUGUGUACCUGGGACUGAGAAAUAUGAUGAAGAUGGAUGUUGCCAGAUCUGUAAGCCAAAGGAUUCAUGCAUUCGUGUGAACUACACCACCUAUGUACAUGCAAACAACUGCACAUCCAUCACCCCUAUAGAAGUGACAUCCUGCAGUGGCCACUGUGACACCCAAUCGAUGUGAGAUCAUGAACACACCUAUUUGACCACAAACAAUUGAAUUCUCAGAUUAACUGGUUUAAAAAAAUAAAUAAUCACAUUUCACAACAACAUAUACACAUAUUUGUCCUCACUAAAAGCAAAAUACGUCACUAAUCACUAAUUUCUGGUUAAAGUCAACAUGAAAUCAUAAUUGACAAAAUGUACUUCUUUAAUGCACAUUCCUGAUCUUAUCGUGCAUGAGUGCAUGUUAUGAAGAAACAAAAUGUUAAUCUUUUAUCAAAAAGUUAUAAUUUACUCUGCCUCUGAAAUGCCUUUUUUAACUUACUGGAAAAUAAACACACUGAGCACUUUAUGAGGGACACAUGUACACCUAUAUAUUCAUGCGGUUAUUUAAUUAGCUAAUCAUGUGGCAGCAGUGCAGUGCAUAAAAUCAUGCAGAUACAAGUCAGGAGCUUCAGUUAAUGUUCACAUCAACCAUCAGGAUGGGGAAAAAAUGUGAUCUCAGUGAUUUGAACCGUGGCAUAAUUGUUGUUGCCAGACAGGCUGGUUUGAUUAUUUCUGUACUGCUGAUCUCCUGGGAUUUUUUUACGCACAACAGUCUCUAGGGUUUACUCAGAAUGGAGCGAAAAACUAAAAACAUCCAUUGAGCGGCAGUUCUACAGAUAGAGAUCAACUGAGAAUUGCCAGCAGUCAUAUCACCCUGUAGCUCAAGACUGGUUUCCUGCUGAAGCUAAGCAGGUUUGAGCUUGGUCAGUACCUGGAUGGGAGGCCUCUUUGGAAAACUAAGGUUGCUGAAGAGGUUUUAGGGAGGCCAGCUGGGGGUGCUCAACCUGUGGUCUGUGUGGUCCCAAUGCCCCAGUAUAGUGACAGGGACUCAAUACUGUAAAACUGCACUGUCCUUUGGAUGAGAUGUUAAAACUGAGGUCCUGACUCUCUGUGGUCAUUAAAAAUCAUAGAGCACUUUUUGAAAGGAGUUGGGGUGUAACCCGUGUCCUGGCUAAAUUCCCCCCAUUGGCCCUUCUCAAUCAUGGCCUCCUUAUAAUCCCCAUUCACUAAUUGGAUCUAUCACUCCACUCUACUCUCUUCCCUCCACCAAUAGCUGGUGUGUGGUGAGCAUACUGGUGCACAAUGUCUGCUGUUGCAUCAUCCAGGUGGAUGCUGCACACUGGUGGUGGUUGAGGAGAGUCCCCUGUUCAGGUGCACAUUCCUGAUCUUAUCGUGCUUUGAGUGUAGUGUCAGAAAAGUGCUAUAUAAAUGUAACAUUCAUUUAAACUCCAUUACAAACUCGGCCAGUCUCUGUCAAACAGGUGCUUGUAACUGUGGCAGAACUUCCAUUCCUACAGCUGCCAUUUAGCAUUUAGAUUUGUCCCAUUCAUAAGAAUACGAGCAACUCUUCUCAUCCUAAGAUGUCUCUGUUAUCCAGACCAGUAGCUUA